AUGGAGGAAGGUCUGCUGGAGAUCAUGACCAAGGACGGCGGCGAUAUGCCGGCCCCUCUCGAGGUGUCCACCGUGCCGGCCGUGGGGGACGUGAUCUCCGGGGAGUACAACGGCGGCAUGAAGGAACUGAUGGAGCACCUGAAGGCCCAGCUGCAGGCCCUGUUUGAGGACGUGAGGGCCAUGCGGGGGGCCCUGGACGAGCAGGCCUCGCACAUCCAGGUGCUCUCGGACGACGUGUGCGCCAACCAGCGAGCCAUCGUCUCCAUGUGCCGGAUUAUGACCACCGCGCCCCGCCAGGGUGGCCUGGGCGUGGUCGGCAGCAAGGGGAACUUCCAGGGCGCUCGCCGAGAUCCGGAGACCCCUUCGCCUGGGAUUGGGGACAGCGGUUUGCUGGGUCGCGAUCCAGAGGACGAGGAGGACGACGAUGAAGAAGAAAAGGAGAUGUCCAGCUCCGCCACACCCACUAGUCACUGUGAGCGCCCGGAGAGCCCCUGUGCUGGCCUUCUGGGGGGGGACGGGCCACUUGUGGAGCCCCUCGAUCUGCCCGACAUUACCCUGCUGCAGCUGGAGGGCGAGGCCUCUCUGUGA